UAUUGUCUAUGAUGAGAAUUCAUCAAUUUAUCAAAUUCAUUCAUCUAGGAAAUUAAAAUUUUCAUGAUUCGUUCGACCUUUAAUUAUUAUUUUAUUUGUGACUCGUAUGUGCAUUGAAAUAAAAUAAAGAAUAUUCGAAAUAGAGAAGUUUUGUGAAGGUUGCACCGUAAAAAAUAAUUCAUGGUUAAUUAGUGCGAACCCGAAAACAAGAUGGCUGCUUACCGGCAAGUGUUGGUUAGUGCAGCUUUAGUGCUGUUGGUGUCAACGUACGUUAGUGCUAAGGCCGAAGAUUCUGACGAUGGAAUCACUAUUGAGACAAUUGAAGAAGAAGAAGAGUACCAGAGUCCUCAAGUAGAUCCUAAAAAGGUCUAUCUAACUGAACACUUCGAUGAUGAGGCAGUCUUCAAGAAGAAGUGGAUCAAAUCUGAAGCCAAGAAACAAGGAGUGGAUGAAAACAUUGCCAAAUAUGAUGGCAAAUGGGAGAUCCAGCCCCCAGCUAGACGCAUCCUCAAGAAUGACCUUGGUUUGGUCCUCACUACGGAGGCAAAGCAUGCAGCCAUUUCUUCCCUCCUGGACAGACCCUUUGAGUUCAAGGACAAACCACUGGUGGUGCAGUAUGAGGUUACUAUGCAGGAGGGUCAAAACUGCGGCGGUGCGUACAUCAAACUUCUCUCCAAAGGCGUUAACACAAAGGCCGACCUGCGUCAGUUCCACGACCAGACGCCUUACACUAUCAUGUUUGGGCCCGACAAGUGCGGGAAUGACAACAAGCUGCACUUCAUCUUCCGACACAGGAACCCCAAGAACGGCACUAUUGAAGAGAAACACGCCAAGAAACCUACUCAGCGUCUCGACGAUAUCUACAAAGACAAAGAGCCGCAUCUGUACACACUGAUCGUCCGCCCUGACAACACCUUCACCAUACUAGUGGACAACAAAGAAGCCAAUGCUGGCUCUUUGCUCGAAGACUUCACCCCACCCGUCAACCCACCAGAGGAAAUCGACGACCCUGAUGACCAGAAACCCAACGACUGGGAUGAGAGGGAAAAGAUUGUUGACCCCACGGCAACAAAACCUGACGACUGGGACGAAGACGCACCCGCGACAAUUGUGGACCCCAAUGCGGUCAAACCCGACGGCUGGCUCGAUGAUGAGCCUGAGAUGAUACCAGACCCAGAGGCGAAGAAACCGGAGGAUUGGGAUGAGGAAAUGGACGGGGAAUGGGAAGCCCCCCUGGUGGAUAACCCUGCGUGCAGCGCCGCGCCCGGCUGCGGGGAGUGGAAGCCGCCCACCAUCCCCAACCCUAACUAUAAGGGCGUGUGGCGCGCGCCGCUGAUCCCCAACCCCAACUACAAGGGCAAGUGGACGCCGCGCCGCAUCCCCAACCCGCACUUCUUCAACGACGAACACCCCUUCCGCAUGACACCCAUCCACGCGGUAGGCUUCGAGCUGUGGUCGAUGUCGCCGCAGCUGCUGUUCGACAACCUGAUCGUCACGGACGACGUGGGCGUGGCCGAGCAGUGGGCCGCGCAGACCUACGCGCUCAAGCGUGCCAAGAUCAACAGCGAUGCGGAGUCGUUCGUGGAGCGCGCGCUGAAGUUCGCCGGGGAGAACCCCUGGGUGUACGCCGUCGUCAUCAUCGGCUCCUUCAUAAUCGUUGGCCUCGUGGCCUACAUGUGCUGCGGACCCAGGACUGACAUUGAUGCGGACGUCAAAAAGACAGAUGCCUUAGUGGCAGAUGAUCCGCACCAAUCGGAGGCCGAGGAGCAAGAGAGGAAGAGCGAUAGUGAGAAGAAAGAGGGAGACAACGAUGUUGACGAACAAGAGAAGCCCAGCAAGGCGGACUUGGAGGGGCCCGCGCAAGAGAUCGACAGCACUGACACGACUCCACUAGUGGACACAGAAGGCGCGGGCGACGGCCAGCGGAAACGAAAGCCGCGCAAGGAGUAAGCGAGAGGGAGAUACGCAUUGUAUGUUUACGUUUAGCUGCUAGAGCGAGAGGGCGGAUGCGUGGUGACGGAUAGACAAAUCUUCUCAUUUACUUUGUAUUACACUAUACGAUUCUGUUCUAAGUUUCCAACCGAUGUAAUGUCAAUAUGUAUAGGAAGGACCAUGCCAUAACCCUUGAUCCGAUACCGAUAUAAACUGUCAGAAAAAACGGGGUUUUAAAAUCGAUUUCAAUUAAUCGUAUCGCUUUCUAAAAAAAUUUUUCAUUACACAGUAGGUAAGCACACCAAUGAAUAGACAAUUGAUUUCGAACAAGACAUCAAAAACAUCGAUUUGCUUUUCGAUUUCAAUCGAUUUUUCUUUCAUAAGUACACAAAGAGUUUGAUCAUCAUAGAUGAUUACAACUUCUCAGUCAAAAUCUAUUAACAGGGCUCUCUCCGUCACUCGUUUCAUACAAUCGUAGUUCCAAUUUCAUUUGAAUAUUAAGCGACCAAAGUACAUGAAAUUUUGCAGAC